AUGCCACGAAAGGGGUACCGCAACAAGCUGGGGUUCCGACGAAAGUCCCAUAAAAAGCUGAGGCUCGGGUGUGCCACGUGCAAGCGCCGCCGCAUCAAGUGCCUGGAGGAGUUGCCCCAAUGUGAGGAGUGUGUCAAGCUCGGCGAGCACUGUGACUACUUGGACUACACCCCGCACCAGCUCGACCGGCUCAGGAGGGCAAAGCUCCAGCAGGGGUCGGAGCUGGACGACGACGACAAGACGCGGUCCCACGCCGUCAAGUGGCAGGCGACUCCGACUAACCAUGCCCUCACGACUAAUUCCGUGACCACAAUCGCCAAUGCCGUGGCCCCGCCGCGACAGGCGUACGAGGACAUCCCCUACCCGGAAUUUCACGAUAUUCUGGGGUUUGGAGACAUGUCGCUGAUGAUGCCGCUGACAGCCCUACCGCCAGGCCAAUUACCUUUACCGGCGUACAAUAGCACUUUACCGCUCGCGGCCUCGGCCAUUCCCGGCACCAUCCCUCCACUGGGGCCUAUGGGGGGCACGACGUACUCCUCUUACUACGAAUUUGACCCUCAGCAACCGCUUCCACAACUGCUACCUCCGCAUAGUCUCCCUCAGCCACUGCCGUUGGCGUCGACCCUCCCUCCGCAUACCCUCUCAAACUCUAAUGAGACGAGCCACGAGGCCCCAACAAACUCCAUACCUCCACCCACUCAAAUGGCUCCGCCAAUGCCACUGAUGGCCCCAUCAAUGGCCCAGCCGCCUCCCAUCGCCCACGACCCUCUAAAGUGUACUAUACUCGACUGCUACCUUUGCCACCACCAGUACCCGCCGACGUAG